AUGAAAAUCGAACGGGGAAGAGGCCACGGGUUCAAAAACGGUAGAAUCUUCGGGUACGUCAACCCGGUCUUGGUGGGCUUCACGGGAUCUGUGUCGCCCGAGGACAGCGUCAUGGGCCUGACCAAGAUCAUCCCCCGCGCCAAGAUCGAGGACUCGGCUAAGAUGUUCCACUUCGAGAAGGGCGACCUCCUGCCCUGGUUUAUGGCGAGAGGAAACGGAGAAGACAUGCGCGAGGAAGGACGCGAUGGCGAGGGACGCGGUAAUGCGUCGCGCCAGUCGCGUAGGUCUCAGGGCCUGCCGCCGGAGGAGCACGCGAGCCUGGACGAGGUUGUCCGGGCUGCUCGGAAGGCAGGAUCUGCAAAGCGCAAGGCGGCCCGCAAGGCGAAGGCCAAGUCGUCGGAGGAGGAGCCGACUCCAGCACCGUCCGUCCAGGAUGACGCGCACCAAGUGUCCCCAGAUGGCGAGCUGGACGUCCUGGAUCCUGACCCGAAGGCUGUCCAAGUUCAGGGUGAGUCCGUCCAGGAUGAGCCCGCCAAGGCGUCUGCGGGAGGAGCCGAUGAGGUUGAGCCCCCGGCGGCGGAUCGAGUUUCGGACUCUCCGCUGCCGGAUCAAGAUGCGGAGUCCAAGGAGACCCCGAACCUGGAGGACAAGCCGCUGCCGACUGUCCAAGAAGUGGAUGAGCUUGAGGACUCGCAAGAGACCUCGCCGUCCGCCCAAGCGACCACGACGAACCCUGACUCCUCGGUCCAGGAAGCUUCGACCAAGACGACCCCAAAUCAAGUCGUCCCAGACCAAGCUCCGGAUCCAGGCUCGCUUCGGUCGGGAACCCCUGACCAGAGGUUCGGCGAGGUCCAGGAAAAGGCGUACGUCGCGCAGCAAGUGUCCAGGCGGGAGCGGGUGGAGUCCGAACGCGUGACCCCGCCCGCUGUUGAGUACUCCUGGUCGACACCCAAACCAGAUGCACAGCCCUGGAUGGCCGCCAUGUUGACCACGUCUAGGUACCUCAGUGCGCGAGCACUCUUGGAGGGCCAGGAAGGAGGCUGGAUCGCGGAACUUCGUCUCGACCGUCGGGACUUGAGCACCCCCCAGGAUCUCAUGGCUGUCCAGGUUCCGGUCCAGAUGCUGACACCGCGGGAGUGCAUGGCCAUCCUGCAAGCUCUGCUGUUCGAAGCCGGAUUCAGGUUUGACAAUAUGGUUCCGGUCUGGUUCAGGACGAGAGCGGCCAAGGUCGCUCCAGCCAAGCUGCGAGUGGUCAUCCAGGACGUACUGCGUCUGCUGGCCCUGGAACUGGUGGAGUGGCGUUCACGUGUUGUCGGUGCUACGUUCAAGAUUACCUCUGUCCUGAAAGCGCAAGCAUCAGAGACUCCCGAAUCUGAACAAGCAUCCAUCCAGGACUACCACGCUGAAGAUCAAGACGGAGAUCUAUUGAUAACGGAUUACGAUCUAGGCCUACUCGGCCGGGAAUACGUUCUCCGCCUCAAGCUGACUGGUCUUCGUCCGGCCAGGAGUCCAGGUCCGAUUGCGAGCCUGAACCGAAGCGCCAACAACACCAUCCAGCCCGGCCGCCGGACCUCCAGUCGGGGUGAUGUCGUCCAGGCGGAGGAGGCCGCCCCGAUCCAGGAGUAUGCGAGUUCGGACCCUGUCCCGAGCUUGGUCGGUACUUCUGGAUCCCCGGAGGCCUCCCUGUACGGAACGAUGUCUGGAUCCAACCCAUCCAGGAACAGCUCCGCGAGCUCGUCCUCGAUCGGACUUGGAUUCAGCGCUGGCGCCCACGUGCCGCCCUCGACGUACGGUCCGAUGGCUAUGUCGAUUCAGGCUGGUCGUCCUGGAUUCGCGGUCGGUGGAGGCGCGGUGGGUUACUACGUGACCCAGCGUGUCGUGUCGAAGCGCGCCGUCGAGGUGGACCAGGAUGACGUCGAGAUGGCCGAAUCCGUUCAGACCUCCAAGUCCCGGACGGACAGAUCCAGGACCAAGUCCUCGUCCAGACACCGCCGGCACCGCUACGAGUCUGAAUCAGGCUCGGAGUCGUCCAGCGAGUCGGGGACCAGCAGCGCCAGGAACCGUCGUCACCGACGCUCCUCGAAGCGGUCCUCGUAUUCGAAGCGGAGGUCUUCGUCCAGGCGGUCCAGCCGGUCAGGACGCUCGAGACGCUCGCACGGAUCCAGGGCGUCCAGUCGGUCGUACAUGUCGAUCUCGUCUGGGGUGGCCGAAGUUGCGGUCACCGCGAUGAACGACGUCAAGCGCCUACAGGCUGCCCUGGACCGCAUGGCCCUGGCCCAGCAAGCCACGUCGGAAGCCCAGACCCAGCGUGAAGCCGAAGCCCAGCGCAAGCUGGAAGAGGCUGAACGCCGGAUCCAGAAGUCCGAACGUCGGAUGGCUGCUGCCCUGGCUGGAGGUCCCCGUCCGGACCCGGUCCAACCAGACCUGGACGCCGUCAUUCCAGCGGAGCCGGGACCGAAGAACAUCGCCGAAGCUCAACUUCGUGCGACCAUCCCGGAAGUGGAUCUGGCCAGGGUUACUUCCUGCACUAAGCCCCGAAUCCAAGUGCCUAAGGCUGAACCGACGCCCAAGGCGACGAAGGCAGAGGUGCUCAAGGCGGCUGUUCCCGCUAAGUCCGGAUCCAAGCCGCCGCCGAGGAAGCCCCCGCCCAAGCCAUCCAGGAAGAAGACCCAGAAGGAUGAAAAUCCGUCGUCAAGCAGCUCAAUCAGUUCUGACUCAAGCGACAGCGAUUCCAGAUCAAGUGAUUCUGACAGCAGUCUGGACGGGGGUGACCUGGUCGAGGCCUCGGCCAGGAAGAUCAAGGCGGGGGAAACCUCGUUGACGAUCCACCCCUAUGUGAACUCGAGUGCGCUGGAGAAGUUCGACGAGAAGGCGUCCCUGGGCGACCGCCGAAGCUGCCAAGGAGGCUGGUCCAACCGGGCCCGGAUCAGCGAGCUCAAGAUGAAGAUGUCAUCCCCGGUCCGGAAUUGGCGUGGGCAACUCCCGAAGCAGGUCAAGAACGACUGGAAGUCCCUGGCCGGCGAGUUCAGGAAGAAGUAUCUCAAGGCCUGGACCUCCGACUCUGAGCGCUACUAUACGAUGAAGCAGAAGGGUGGCGAGUCGGCUCUGGAGUAUUUCUACCGCCUGAACGACGCGGCUGGCAAGGCUAGCAUCAACUACCGGUCAUCCAGGAAGGACGUCUCGCAUCACGUCAAGCGUUUCAUCAAGGGCCUGAAAGAUUCAGACUUGAAGCAGGCCCUGAAGAGUCAGCGAUUCAAGCGGAUCCCGGAUCUGGAGUUCGCCCUGGAACAGGAUGAAGAGGUGACGCUGGGUGGGGGUUACGAUACCCCUCCAUCCAGGACGCGCGACAUCCGAGCGGACAAUGCUGGUCAGGAGCGAUUCAAGCCUCGCCGGACCGGACGUGCUUUUGUCGGCCUGGAUGGGAGCGAUUCCGACCAGGAUCAGGAAGUCCAUGUCCAUUUCGAAGAUGAACCAGAGUCCAAGCCUGAUUCUCCUCCUGCUCCGGUGAACGAAAACCUGGAUGGAGUGGUUCGAGACGCCAUCACAGAGAGUACGGGUAGGGAGGACGAGAUGAGGAAGGCUGUUUUCCGGAUCUUGGAACAUUCAGGCUGGCGUCCCCCGAAUCAGGAUUUCUGGUCAGGGGCGAAGUCACCCAGGCAGGGUGAUCCUGAUCGGAGCAACCUGGAUCAGUCCGCCUAUUGUGAAAACUGUCACGAGUUUGGACAUCGCACUGAACGCUGCUGGGCCGACCUGGUUUGUGACCGCUGUGUACGCAUGGGUCAUCCGACUGACAGAUGCCGAGCCCUGCUCUGCAAGAAGUGUGGCGAGUUCCACGUUGGACGAUGUGAAGAGCACAACGCCAUCCAGCCUAUCAUGGACCUCAUUCGCAAGGGUGCCCUGGAAGACUUGUCAAGGCCGUCCUGGAUCCCAUCCAGGGUGGUCAGGCCGAUCCUGGUCGGUCGUUAA